GGCCACUCGCAGAGCCGCCUCUGUCUCCUACGCAACAUGAAGGUGUACGUAGUCCUGUCAGCGCUUGCUCUCUGCGUCGUCGCCGAGCCGCCAGUCGACCGGUCGUACCUGCCUCCUAGCUCUGAGUACGGACCUCCCUCGGCCUCCUCUCUCAGUGCUCAGUACGGCGCCCCAGCAGCCAAUGGCCUCAGCACGCAGUACGGAGCUCCUUCAGCCAACAGCCUCAGCAUGCAGUAUGGAGCUCCAUCAGCCAACGGCCUCAGCUCACAGUACAGUGCGCCUUCACUAACAGGGGCUGCUUUUGAUCGCUCAGGGUCUUCCAGCCAGGCUCCAGCAGCUCGCAUCUCCUCCAGCUUUGGAAGCGCCUCCUCCAGGAGGUUUGGCAGUGGUCUCUCCACUCGCUAUGGCGCUCCUUCGGCGGCUGGCCGUGCAGCAGGAUUUGCAGGACUCGGCCUGUCCACACAGUACGGCGCCCCUUCUUACUCUGGUGACGCGCUCUCCACUCAGUACGGUGCACUCUCUGGUAACGCUGGUGGCCUUUCUCCAGCGUAUGGAGUGCCUGGAUAUGGCUAUGGUCGCGCUGGAGCCCAGGAGGAUCCACUUGCCGAGCCGGCCAACUACGAGUUCAGUUACUCGGUGCAGGACGGCGAGACGCUGAGUGACUUUGGACAAGAGGAGUCCAGGCAGGGGGAGAGCGCCCAGGGCCAGUACCGCGUGCUACUGCCUGACGGCCGGAAGCAGAUCGUCUCCUACCAGGCGGACGAGGGCGGCUACAGGCCCACCGUAGAGUACCAGGACACCGGACUCACCGCCUACUCCGCCGGCGGAUACGGCUACGGCAGGGGGCGCGCCGGAGCUGGAAGUGGAAAUGGCGGAUACCACUACUAACCGACA